UCUGCAUUCACAGUGCUGUACAGUGUCCCUGCUGUUUCUCCAAGGAAGGCUGUUUUGCUGUUAAUGAUACAGCUAGACUUGUGUUUAACAGUUUUGCUGAUAAUUAUCAGCAGCUGUACCUUUACACAUAGCAAGAAGUAUCAGUAUAUUAUUUGAUGAAUCACAGUAAAUCUGGGCAGUUUUCUAUAGUAUACUACUGUGCUGCUGCUGUCUUCCUGUUAAAUACUGCAGAGUUAAUAGAUGGUAAUACAGUAUAUCUUUUUAACAUGGGAUAGCUACCCCCUGCACACAUACAGAUCUGAACAUUUUUUUUUUGUUUCUGUGGCUGUGCCCCACCCUGCCCUCCCCAACAGUCAGAGUGAAUCGGCAGUAUUGUCUUAUCUCAGGGGUCCCAGCCUCCCUCCCUUUCUGGGUGUAGGGGGGAGGUAAGCAGGUUCUGAAAGGCACAUGGUCAGACACCCUCCGACAAGCCAGACCCUCAGCACCUCCACACAGGCAAGACCGGAGUCCUUCACAGACAUAGACCAUACAUAAUAAUUACAAUAAUACUGAUCAGUAAGAGACAUGGAGAACGGAAUAGGAAAAUACAUUGAGGACGGAAAUGGAAAAGUGACCCGUGUGAUUCGAGUGGGGUCUAGAAAGAGCCAGCUGGCCCGAAUUCAGACAGACAGCGUGGCUGAGAAGUUAAAGGAUCUGUACCCUGAAGUUCACACGGAAAUCGUUGCCAUGGCUACCACCGGGGACAAAAUCCUGGACACAGCCUUGUCAAAGAUUGGAGAGAAGAGUCUCUUCACGAAAGAGCUGGAGAAUGCACUGGAGAGAAACGAGGUUGAUCUUGUGGUGCAUUCUCUGAAGGACCUCCCUACCACACUGCCUCUGGGCUUCACCAUCGGGGCUGUCCUCAAACGAGAAAACCCCCAUGAUGCCGUUGUUCUGCACCCGAAGAAUGCUGGGAAAACGUUACACACGCUUCCAGAGAAGAGUGUGAUUGGGACAAGUUCUCUGCGGAGAGCAGCUCAGCUCAAGAAGAGAUUUCCUCACCUGGAGUUCAAGGACAUCCGGGGGAACCUCAACACCCGUCUGAAGAAGCUGGAUGAGAAGGACGAUUUCUCCGCCAUCAUACUGGCAGCUGCCGGGCUGCGGAGAAUGGGCUGGGAGAGCCGGGUCAGCCAGUUGCUGGGCCCUGAAGACUGCAUGUAUGCUGUCGGCCAGGGGGCGUUGGCGGUGGAGGUGCGUGCUCGGGACAGGGAUAUCCUGGACAUGGUGUCUGUGCUGCACGACCCGGAGACUGUGCUGCGCUGCGUGGCUGAGAGAGCCUUCCUCAGACACCUGGAAGGGGGCUGCAGUGUUCCUGUCGCGGUUCACACUGAGAUCAAGGACUCCCAGCUCUACAUGACCGGUGCUGUGUUCAGCCUGGACGGCUCCGACAGCAUCAAGGAGACCAUGCAGACCUCCCUCGUGAUGGACACCCAGGAGGAGGAAGGCUCGAGCGAUGACCCUCAGCAUGUGGGGAUCACUGCGAGGAACGUGUCCUCGCGGGACCAGGCCUCUGCCGAGAAGCUGGGGGUGGACCUGGCCUGCCUGCUGCUGAGCAAGGGGGCCCGCGAGAUCCUCACUGUGGCCAGACAACUCAACGAUGCCAGAUAGCCAAGCCCUGCCUUCACCCUGACCCACAGGGAGGCACGAUCACAGAGGGGACUCUCCACUCCCACGCCCAGGAGCUCAGGAUCCCUUCACAGCGGUACUACCCCCAACCCCCACGUCAAACUAUCAGUUAUAAUGAUUUCACAUGAGGGCGGGGGAAGAGGUGUAGGAAUGCCCCUCCAUAUUCUGUUUAGAGUCAAAAUGAAUCUGUUUUUUUCUACCAUCCAAAAUAAAUAUAAACUAGAUAGGGACACCUUAACGCUUAAUGUGAAACAAAUUCAAACUGAGCCCCUAGAAAGUUUGUAAAUGGCAAGCCUAGCACUUCACAAAUGACACAUUAAUAUGCACAAUAUACUAAUCACGUCAAGCUGACAACAGCUUCAUGUGAACUUUGUGUCUUAUUUGCAUAAAGUGAAAAGAAAUAUCUUAACAAGACAAUAAUCACAUUAAGCCUGACAAUGAAAACCCACUUCAUGUGCAAAAUGUGGAUUAAUGUGAUUGUUAUCCUGUGGUAACCAGAACCCCAAUGUUUGGACUAGUAUUGGGAAGUGUUAAGCUUGGUAUCUGCAAAGUUUCUCAGGGUUUGCUUUGAAUUUAAGCACAUUAAGCCACAUUUAAACAUUUUUAAGCAUUUUAGGAUGUGCCAAUAGAUACAUCCCUCAAUUUUAUGUCCUGAAAGUUUGCAGCUGAAUUCCAGGUCCCCUCAAGUGUGCUCUCUGAAUAUGGGAGUGCACUGGAGGGAAACGCCCACACUCAAGUGUGCUCUCUGAAUAUGGGAGUGCACUGGAGGGAAACGCCCACACUCAAGUGUGCUCGUGUCACCAGCCAGCUUAAAGUCACCUGGUAACUGAUGCCAUCAGUGCACGCAUCUGACACGUGGAGUGUCUUGUCUUUAGUUUAAAGGCUAGCAUGAGGCUGUGGAUUCGUGCUGUGGUAUUGAACUCCUCUGUGCAGUAUUAAUGAUGCCUAAUCAAGAACGACACCUGUGAACUCCUGUUGCAAUUUCAGCCUGUCUGAAACUCUGGGUGUCUUUGAAGCGUGAUUUUAAAUUGAUCAUGUACUUGCCAUGACAGGUUGAUUGCCAUGUGUUUAAGUCAAAGUGGUUAAACGUUUUCUCAUAAAAGUGCUGCUGCUGUUUCUGGGUCUUUUUGGAUCUGCUGUGUGUCUGUGAGUUUCAGUUUGAGUGCCUCCUUUCUUCCUCUGUGCACGGAUAAGCAUGAGCACUGGACUGCUAGUAAUACCUGAGUGUGGGAGGGAACUAGGAGUAGGACUGGAGCUCCAGCAAUCAGUACAAAAGAAGGUCUAUUUACUGCAUGGCUGAUUAGAGGUAUUGUGAACUUCAAGCUAAAGGCUAGUUCUCUUCCCUUGAGCAAUACUUAUAGCAUUCUGAGCCCUAUCCAUAAAGCUUUAUAUAAACAGAGAAUGGAUGAUUGAGGUCCGUUAACAGAGUACUUUAGUAACUCAUUAGUCAAGCUUUGUGAAUAGGACUCUAAAUAGCAAUAGGAUGGAGGAGGGGAGGGGCAAAGCAAAGGGUUAUGUGAGAUGUAGUUUUGUGAACCCUUCAGUGCCUGUGUAUAGUAAAAACAAAACAUGUAACAGACUACAUCUCCCAAAGACCCAUCCAUUGUCCUGUCUCCAUACUGAAGUAUCAGAUCAGCAGCUGUGCACAGGCAAUCAUUCUGGGCAUGCUCAGUUUGGAGUGGUUGGGAUCCCUGAAACACCCAUGUUGCUGAAACACACUGGCAUCAGUAUGAACUACUACCUGAACAUAUUAAUAUAUAAACACACGCCAUGAUCAGCGUGAUUGAUAGCUAUUACAACAGUGUGCGUAUAUAUAAUAUAUAUAUAUAUAUAUAUAUAAAAAACAUUGGAUUUUGCUUUAGGAUAAUAUAUAUAUAGAGAGAGAGAGAAUGAGAAUCUGAAAAACAUACUCUGUGUGUGUAUAUAUAUAUAUAUAUCUUGGGAAUAGCAGAUGGAUUUUUCCUGUUUGUUAUAUUCUCAGGUCCUGAGAUCAUAAGAUUCAGAUCUAACCCGUCUCUCGAGGUGUAAUGAAUACUGCAAAGCCAUAAAUACUUGCCGAAUCACACUCAUUAAACCUAUUUUGCUCCAGAAAUGUUACCGACCUGUUGCAAUAUACAAAGUAUGUAUUGUUAACGGAAUUUGAUAUUCGUGCAAAAAAAUGUUUGCUUUGUUUUUCAUAUGCAAAACACACAUAAUGAAAGGCUUGCAAAUAUAUAUGACUUUACAGUAAGCCAGCCUUGAUGUACACCGGUUCAAAAGACAGGAUAGUAGUGUAAGACUAAUGCUAGAGGAGCUUCUGGUUAAAGAGUACAUUAAAACCGUUAUUCAUACAGUUAACAGACAUUAGUUGAAGGGCCAUAAAACAAUGCAAUGCCAAAUGUUAUAUCACUGUCAAACACUGACCAUGAAAAAGAAAUAAAAUGGAUUUUACCCAGCA